UUGUUAUCAGUUCGACAACAAGAGUCGAAAGGGACUUAAUCGACGAUCGGCUCCACACAAUAACCUGAGUUUGGUGCUUCUCGUGCUCUUUUUACGUGUUCUUACCUGUGCGUGCGCGUGUCCGUUGAGUUUCCACUCCAAACAGGUUUGACGAGGGCGCACCUGCGGGGAGAAAAAGGAAGCCUUGUCUUCUCCGACGCCAUUCUUUACUGCACAUUUGGACUCUGUGGACGACGGACGGAUAGAAAUACAAGAAGGAAUUUUUUACUGUAGUAAUUCGUUUGCGUUUUUUAAAGUUGAUUUCAUCAUGAAGAUUUGGAUUGUUCUCAUCCUCGCUGCUUUCGCGGCUGGAGCCUCAGCUCAAAGCUGUACAUGUGAAACCAUGAAGUGGGCCACCUGUGAUGGAAACCCAUGCCUGUGUUACGUUAUGGUCGGAAGCAAUGAAAAGCAAGUGCUGGAUUGCACCAAAUUGAUCCCUAAAUGCUUCUUGAUGAAGGCUGAGAUGUACAGAGCUAGAAAGGGCCAGGACACUCGUUUGCUUGGGGGAAAGCCAGAAGAGAGUGCCUUUGUGGACAACGAUGGCAUCUAUGACCCAGAGUGUGAGAACGACGGCAAAUUCAAGGCCAAGCAGUGCAACGGCACAGAGGAGUGCUGGUGUGUCAACAGUGCUGGAGUUCGUCGAACUGACAAGGGAGACAAGGAUCUCAAGUGUGAGAAGCUUGUGGAGACCUAUUGGAUCCGUCUUCAACUAACACACAAAGAAACAUCAGGGAAGGUUGAUGCCGCAAAUCUGAAGGCUGCCAUUGCGGACGCCAUUCACCAGCGUUAUGGCAACUUCAACAAAGACAUGGUUGAGAAAGUUGAGUAUGACCCUGAGGCCCGCAUGAUUGUUGUGGAUGUGAAGAAGCCAAAGGGAGAGCGCAAAACUGAUCUGACCCAUAUGGCCUACUACAUGGAGAAAGAUGUGAAGGUGCUGCCGCUGUUCAAGGACCAGAACAAGUUUGAGCCAACUUUGGGUAGCCAGAAGCUGCAGAUGGAGAACAUCUUGGUCUACUAUGUGGACGAGGAGCCCCCGACUUUUACCAUGAAGAACCUGUCGGGUGGGAUCAUUGCUGUCAUUGUAGUGGUGGUGCUGGCAGUGGUGGCCGGUCUGCUGGUUCUGUUCUUCACCAGAAGACAGCAAAAGAAUAAGAAAUACAACAAAGCCCAGCAAAGAGAGAUGGAGGCCAUGUAAAGUCUUCAUCGCAUGGGGAGUCUAUGAAGAGUUGGCUUGUACAUCACCUUUGGACUUUGAACUUUUUUUUUUGUUGUGGGAGUGUGCCAUUUUCAUCAUUUUACUUGAGGAAUGCUACAAAUUGUAUAGGAACAAUCAACUUACCUUUUUUUUUUCUUUCUUUUAUUUGACAUUGCCACUACUGGUAUGCCGUUUUAUUUAUAAAUUGUGUAAAGUCUUAACACAUUGUCCCACGCAUAUGCCAUAAAGAUCUGUGCUUGUCAGAAUAUGCCUGGCCAUGCCACACUUUUAUGUUAGUUGCUGAAUGGUUUAAAUUCCAUGUCAUAGAUUGUACAGUUUCUUUCUUACUAAUGUGUUUGUUGGACUGUUUUUAAUAAAAAAAAAUCUUUUAAAAUA